CCAACACAGUUGAGAAAAUUAAAACCUUCUCCAUGGUUACUCUACCAAGUUAAUAAUUUAACAAACGCGCAAGAAACACAUAAAAUGUUUACUAAUGGAGGGACUCAAGAUUUUAUCAGUACUUUAUAUGAAGUACAAAGUCGAUAUUGUGAUGCAACUGUUUCCAAUAAAACUUUAUUACGAUUGUUGCAUCAUGUUGAUAUUAUCAUUACCGAUAGCGCCUACGUUUGUGGAGUUCUUUUACCGGAAGUAGUCCUUAAACCUUAUGUAUUAAUGUCGUUCCAUGCAAGUUUUUUCGGUCCUCAUUCGACACUAUCUAUCUAUGAGCCAAUUAGUUAUAUUCCAAGCCUAGGAUAUCCGAUAUAUUACCUACCCAUGACCUUUAUCAAACGAGCAUCGAAUCUAAUCUGGGGAAGUGUUUUUGGAUACAUGAUGGAUAGUGUGUCCUCUCGAGCAAUCAACGCAUUAAGAUGGAAACAUAAUAUUAGCACUCAUUUAGCCUUAUCUGAAUUACGAUGGAAAUUCUCCAUGAUUUUAUCCACUACUGAUUUUGUUCUUGAGUAUCCACGACCCUUACCACCUUAUAUGCAAGCAGUUGGCCCAAUUUCUGUACGCUCUCCUGAUCCUUUGCCAGUAACAUGGGACGAAUUUUUCAAUGAUAGUAAGUAUCGAGGUGUUAUUUUAGUAUCGUUUGGUACUGAGCUAGAAUUAAUGGAAAAAGAUGUACCUAAAAUGCUCCAAGCUUUAAGUCAGGUACCCUACAGGAUAAUUUGGAGAACUUUACAUAAUAUUACUAGAAUACCCGAUAAUAUUAAAACCGUCGAUUGGAUACCGCAAAAUGAUAUCCUAGGCCAUAAUAGGACUGUAGCUUUUAUUACCCAUUGCGGCUGUCAUGGUCUCUAUGAAAGCGCUUAUCAUGCAGUUCCAAUGAUAGGUAUGCCAUCAAUGGCUGAACAGAAAAGUAAUGCAGCUAGAAUUAUCCGUGCUGGUAUAGGAGUGGUAGUUGAUUAUUUUAAUUUUCAAGCUAGCGAUUUGGUGCAUGCUAUAGAGGAAGUGACUACUAAGAGAAAAUAUUCCACGAACAUAAAAAGGGUUUCCUCGAUACUGAAAAGCAAGCCUCGAUCGUCUACUGAUAUUGUUGUAGAUUGGGUCGAAUAUGUUAUGAGAACUAACGGUGCUCAUCAUCUCAAAGUAGAUGGUGAAAAACUCUACUUCUACGAGUAUUACAAUUUAGAUAUCUUAGUUGUGGGUAUAAUUAGCAGUUAUUUGGUUUAUCUAGCAUGCAUUAGAAUCAUGGGCAAGUUGUAUAACAGUAAUUUAAUAGAUAAAUCUAAAAUGGAUUAA